UAUUGCACUACUAAUUUAAUUUAGUCUGUUAGGAAGUAGCCAAAUUCAAUCUUGCUCACAGAGCUACUCAGAAGGUCGCUGCUUACACUGCACAAUGGCAUUCCCAACGAACGAGGUUUCGGCUACCACUAAUGAUGUUGAAACAGUUUUGAACGAAAUAUGUGAAGUGCUCAAAGCCCAUGAAGACAGAUAUGAUGGUGUAAUUGUUGACAUAGAGAAUAUGCAGAACGAUGCUUGUCGUUUUGCAGCUUCACUGAAGGCAUCACUUUCUCAAUGGGCACGCCAGGGAAAGAAGGCGGUGUGGAUUAAAGUUCCCAAGGAACAGGCGAAACUAGUACCCGUUGCGAUUGAGGUGGGAUUUGGGUACCACCACGCAGAGCCUUCAUAUGUGAUGUUAGUGCAUUGGAUCCCUCAAACUCCCCCCACCAUCCCUGAUAAUGCUUCACAUCAAGCGGGAGUUGCAGCUUUUGUAUUCAACGAGGACGGAGAGGUUCUAGUAGUUCAAGAAAAGUGUGGCCCUUACAAAGAUUCAGGGUUGUGGAAGAUGCCAACAGGAAGAAUUAACCAGGGGGAAGGCAUUAAGGAAGGGGCCGUAAGAGAAGUUCAGGAAGAAACAGGGAUUAAUACAGAAUUUGUACAAGUGGUUGGGUUCAGGGAUGGUCACAAUGCCCCUUUCGGAAAAUCCGAUCUGCUCUUCGUGUGUAUGUUGAGAUCUCUUUCUUCUAAUAUUGUUGUGCAAGAUACCGAAAUUUCAGUAGCCAAGUGGAUGGCGAUAGAAGAAUUUGCAUCUCAACCUAAAAAUCAGCAAAGCAAACUCCUAAAAGAUAUGAUCGGCGUGUGUGUUGCCAACGUCAACGGACAAUGUGAAGGAUUUUCAGGCAUUGGGAUAUCGUCCAACUCGCACAAACCCUCUGCUUUCUUCUGCACUGCCCUUAAUUCUGAGUAAAUUAUCGGCAUUUGCAAACUGAAGAACAAAGAUAGAAUGGAUUUCAGCAACUUCAUUCAAUACAUUCGUCCUAGUCAUGUCUAGAUAUUCCUAGCACGCUCCAUGUAACAAUGAUUUCCUCGAUAGAAUAUUAUAUUUAAGUUAACAUGUUGAACGAGUAUAUUUUUUUUAAUCAAGUUUUGAAAUAAAUACAAAUUUUUCAAUUAUAUUUGAAAAAUAUUUGUAUUGUAUAUUUGACACUAUGAUCAUUUGAA